UGAGUGGGCCGGAAUCUAUUACUGACGAUAUUAUUUUACAUCAGGCAUACAAAAUCCGUGUGUUACAUGGUUUAGGUGGACAGUUUGUUUAUUUUACUACAACAAUUGCCAUCGCUUAACCGUCAGCCAAGUUAGAAUCGUUAGCCUCAAUGGGUUCGCUAGUACCUCUUAUGUUAAUUGUCUGUUGCCUUCAAGUGGGUCUGGGCGCUGUAACUGAUCAUAUUUUCAAGGAGAAAUGGGGAAAACAAGUUGCUGAAACAGCUCAAGAACGGAGUUUUACUUGUCCUGGAGCUGAUGGUAACUACGCAUCUCCUCAACAGUGCGUCGCAAAUUACUAUCAAUGUCGGGAAGGAAUAGCUUACCCUCAGACGUGUCCACCAGGCAACGUCUUCGAUCCCGUCACUUCUGUUUGCACACCUUUCACUCAGGCUUCAUGCAAUCAGGAACUGGACUGCUCUUCAGACGGAUUAUUUCCAUACCCUGGUGCCUGUACGAAUUUGUACUACGUUUGCAGUGCUGGCGAGUCUUACGUUCGGUAUUGUCCAGUCGGCUACGCUUUUGAUCCUGUAACUUUGAGAUGCGUGGCAGUAGAGGACGCGUCGUGUACAGCGGCUUCAUCGACAACAACGACUUCAACUACUCCAAGCACCGUUCCAACAACACCUACAUCAACGGAGCCAGCGACAACCGCCAGUAGCUCUACAACAACAACAGCUCCCGCAACGAGCAAAACUUCAACUCCAAUCACAACUGCCGAUCCUACUUCAACCACAGUCCAAACCACAACUCCAAAGACGUCUACCACGACAGUACCUUCGACAAUUCCGCCAUCAACGGAGUCGACGACCUCAACAACAACAUCCAUUCCCACAACGGUGUCAACCAUAGCAGCAACUACACGGACAACGGCACCAACAACUCCAGCGACUACAUCGACAACUUCUUCCUCUACUUCGGCCGCAGUCCAAACAACAGCAAAGACGAUUCCGACGACAACUCAACCGGCUACUUCAACGACCAUUCCUACAACAAGUCCAACCACAAUCCCAACAAGCAUCCCAACAACACCUCCAACAACGACGAUGCUUACAACAACGAAGCCUACGACAACGUCAUCUAUCCCACCAACUACACCUCGAACUACAGUUAUCAACAACACGGCCAACUUCAUCGUCUACUACACCACCAACUACUUCUUCAACUACACGAUCAACAAUUCCUUCAACUACGCGAUCAACUACAAUAUCAACUAGAGCAUCAACUACACGACCAACUUCAUCCCCAACUACGCCGUCAACGGCACCAUCAACUACGCGGUCAACUACACCAUCAACCGCAACCCCAACUACACCACCAACUGCUCCUUCCACUACGCGAUCAACUACACCA